CGAGAGAGGAAGAAGGAAAUCUACGUCAACAACAAAUAUGGCGGAUCAAUACGCCACCGUACAGAAAGGUUCCCUGAAAUUGAAAGGAAUAGGCGUCGUUUCCGCCGGUAAAAAGUGACCUGAACUGGGACAUGCUUAAACCACCUGACAAAGUCCUAAAGCAAUGGGGCUCCCUAAAUCUUUGCCAGAUUAUUACCAAUCCCACAAGAAAGAAGAAGAAGAACAAGGAGAAGAAGCAUCGUUUGGAGCAGCAAAUUAAUACAAAUAAAAAUGAAGAGGAGGAAACCAAGAGUGGAUACAUUGACAAAAGAACACCAGCUCAAAUGGCUUUUGACAAGAUGCAAGAGAAGAGGCAAAUGGAGAGAAUUUUGAACAAAGCAGAAAAAACUCACAAGCGGAGAGUUGAGGAUUUCAACCGUCACCUGGACUCCCUGACAGAACAUUACGAUAUUCCUAAAGUCAGCUGGACCAAAUGAAGAGGAAUCCUGGACCAUUUUCAUUUUAGAAUAUGCUUUAGAAGAAAAAAAAUUGCCCAUUGUUACCCAUGCUGUGUCAUUUCUGUUGUAUAUUAGUCAUUUUAUAAUGUGGUAAUUUGUGUGACUAUAUUUUGGUUCCAUACAUAGAAUUAUACUAGAUUAGACAUGCUGUGAUGUGUAUUGAAUUAAACUGAGUUACUUUU